CAUCGAGUUCAGGAUCCGGUUUGUGCCGCGUUCUGCACCUGGUUUAUACCUGCACCUGGUCCGUAUUGGUGGGAAGGUACUUAGUGGAAGUGAUGCCACCGUCCAGUGGGCCGAUCGGGAGCCAUAUGCGGUAUGGGGGAGGAACUGCGAAGCAUACACGUAGGCUCCAGCUGUCGUCCUGCGUGGCAAGCCUUGUUGUGUCUGUGCUGCUAGUUAUGCUGUUUGUCGUGUUUCGCUUGAUAGUAGGUCGAGCAGUGGAACAUCCGACAAAUUUGCUGCGGAAUGUGACAAGCACGCUUCAGAGGGAGGAAGGUAGAGAUGGCGGUGGCAAAGACAAGGAGACGACGGCGACAGAGACCACUGAGGCAUUGGCACAGCAACAUGAGAAUAGGAGGAAGACGGAUUCAUCGUCGUCCUCGUUUGUCAGGAAGAUGGAUGCCAAUGCAAUCCCGAAGUCCGGUGUCGGCUUUCUCCGAGGUGAUUUCCGGGGAUGGAUGAUCGAACCUCUGGAUGCCGUGGUCAGAUCGGGACUCAAAGGCGGCGCCACAUCCUGCGGUGAGGUCAAUUUUGGGAGUGUGCGCCCGGGUUGCGUACGUGGGAAUCAUAAGCACGAUGACAAGAAUGAGACGAUUGUGUUGUGGGGCGCAUGGACGAAGAUUCGACUGAGAGGGAGAGAAAGCGAAGAGGAGAAAGGGAGACGCGAGCAAGACGAGGAAGUCGUCGUGGGACCCGAUGAAGUUGCAGUCCUGGUCGCACCGGAGGGUGUGGCACACGCGGUUAUCAACAUCGACGAUGCAGCGAGCACCUACUUAGUAUCAUCGCAAAGCAAGCUUUGGUCUACCAACCGUGGGCGGCAGCGAGAAAUGCAAUGGCUGAGAACGAACGGGAGAGAGGGAGGAAGGGAGGGAGAGGAGAUGGAGAGGGAGAGGGUGGGUGAAGAAGAGGGACAAAAGAGGAUCAUUCCAGACAGAUCGCAAAGCAAGCCUUGGUCUACCAACCGUGGGCGACAGCCAGAAAUGCAAUGGGUGUAAACAAAAACUCCAGCAACUGGAGCAACUUUUUUUCCUGAAAUCAAGGUGUUUUAAAACA